CCUUUGCGACCAGUGUAGUUCAUGAUCAGCCUGUACAACCCCUUUAACAGUUAAUUGUACUGUCCAAAUUGAAAGAUGGACAAGUUCAUUAUAGAAAUUUAGCUGGGUAAGGGUUCACCCUGAAUGCCAUGGACUUACUGGAGAGGCUGUCAACGAUAUACCAUCAUAUAUCCUACGAUGUUUCUCAUUACAGAUCUGGUGCAGUCGUUCUGCGCAUGCCCGGAAUGAUUAUAAAUUGGAGCGCACGACAAAAUUACGCAAUUUUUUGUCCGCACGCAUUUAGUGUAUAAUAUGCAUAAUAUACUGACUUUAGGUUAGGGUUAGUACCACCAUGGUUACAAAAUAUAUACAUUUAAGAUAUUAUUUGUUCAAAUUGCUUGAAUCCGGUAAAAACCGGAGUCUGUAAUAUAACACAGGCGCACCAGAUCUGUUUUUAGUCACAGCCUAUAUCCUAUGGGGUAUGUGGCAAUAAAUUAUGAUUAACAUCUGGAAAUAAACAUUUAGCACCGGUAAUAUACAUGUAACCUCAAAUGAAAUAAAGUAGACACACAUGCAAAGUAAUUAAUAAUAUUCCUACUUUACUUCCUGUUUUCAGUCAAACAUGAAUUAACAAACUUUUGUCAAACAAGCAGGAUCUUUUUAUUCAAUAUUGUUGAAAAGUCUUAUCAAGAAAACCCUUUAUGUUAAAGCCACAAUUUGAGAAGACUUUUUUUUAAAUCCUUUCUUUAUACAGGGGUGGAUAAAACGCAUGUACUUCAUAAUAAGAAAAGAAGCAAAAAUAUGCAUUAACCGCUUGUGAAACGCCAUGCCGGAUGCUAAAUGUUUUCAUUUUAAAAGCGUCUCUUACGCUUAUCCCCUGGGAACAGUGAGUGUCCCGAUAAGUUUUAAUCAACCAUCACAUUUAAACAAUACAAGUUUGAGAAAAUUUGAUUUGUACAAAACCAUGUGACUGAGAAGGCUUCCAUUGACACACGUUGCACCGCAAUGUUACUUGAAUUUCGGCACGUAAUGAAAACGUACGUUUCCUUCCGGGUAGACGGCAUGUCGAGGGCUCAACGUCUGUAGUCUCUAGUCUAUCUGCUUCUAUUUCUAUAUACACUUAGACUAGUUUCGCGCUUAGCCCUAUAUAUAAACUUCUGAAACCUGUACUUACAGGAAGAUUAAUAUCAUCUAAGAUAUUUAUGAGUUAUCAGCUUUGCGGAAAUAGUGCGCGACUUUAGGAGCGCAAUAUUCUUCCGCUAAAGAACAAGUUAAAGAAAAGUUGAAAAAAAAAUCCCCAAAGCCAUAAAAACAUUUACGGUCGGGCCAAAAAAUUCGGGUAAGUCUGGAUACCGGAAACAAACAUUUUUAGGCCUUAUCUUUGAACGAUAUAUAAGCACUCAUUCUCUUAGAUAAUUUCCUACCCGAUCACCAUGGUUUCGAUCCAAAAUUUGUUCUUGAGUAAAAAACCAUUUUGAAAAAUUCCAAAACGGUGCGGAAACAUAAUUUCUUGGAUUUAUAAGGAUUAAUUGUUCUUCUGGUGUCCAUACAAGUAGUAUACUUCGGAAAGUUGAACUGCCAAGCUUUACAUGUGUAAACCAUGCCUUAAUUCUUACCUUGCUAAAUUUCUAUACUGAACUUGUUUAUCUUCCAAUUUGGACAGUAUUAACUGUUAUAAGGGCUACAUAUACCAAAAACAUACUGACUGAAUGGCAAACAGUGCAGAUUAUAAUCAGACUGCACGGAUGUGUAUGCUGAUCAUAAUCUGCACUGGUCACGACGGCAUAAUCAAUUGUGUCCAGCAUGAUAAGGUUUAACAUCGGGGCUUUCUUCAAUGUGUGAGUAAUUCGGCAGGGUUUCCACAUGCAUGAAUACCAGAAAAAUAAUCCUCUAACAGAUUAUAUCUUGAUCUUUGAAAACAAAGCUAAACUUCUUAAAAACCUCUGUUACGGAUUAGAUGGGUCAAACAGAAGUUUCUAACUUUGUCUUCAUAUCGCAAUACAACAGUAUCCAUUAAAACUGUUUAUGGUGCAAUAACACCCACGUCCUACUAUAACACACGGUCCUCUCAAUUAGUCAUGACGGAACUUAUUUAGACAGGUGCUCAUUGCAUUUACAGUAAACAAGCAAAAAUUUACAUCAAUGGAUAUAAAAGAUAUCUGUUUGAGUAUGUUAGUCGUUUGGACUUUUCCUUUUCUGUUGACAUUAUUAAGUAAUGAAAAUCACUCAUUGGUAGGUGCUCUCCGUAACUGAAACCAAUGACCAUUUGUUUUGAAAGAUUACAGCAAACGUCAUGUACACAAAAAUUAGACUUACCCAUAUAUGGUUAAGACCUUUUAGAAAGAUUUUUGGCAAUGUUUAACAAUCAAUGUUACAGUUAUCAGUAAUGUUCGGAUAUAAGUUAUCGUGGUUACUUGGUGAUAUGAUUUCCUAAGUAGCUAUUAAAUAUCCUUAUAAAAUGGCUUGGUUGACUGUUGAGGUUCAUUUGAGUUCACUAUAGCUUAACAGAACGUAAGACUGCAGUUACACUGUCAACAAAACUAUUCCCGGAAACUCAUGUAAAUAAUUUAUACAUAUAUAAGUGCGAAACAUUAAGUACAACGAAAAAGUAAUUGUUUGCAGUAUUUUGGAAAUCAAAUUUGAGAAAUAUUUGUUUCGAGGCGGCAUAAAACAUUAAACAAUGUUAUGUAAUAAACUAUAUCAUGUAAUGUGAAACUGCUUUACGAGGUACAUAUAACAUACAAGCAUCACUGUAUAUAUUCAUAGUUCAAUGAUUUGAUUAUGGCUAAUGUCAAAACAUAACCAAAAUGUUUCCUUGCCCUAAUCUCUUGAUGAUAGACAAUCACAGUUACAAAAUGUUAUCUGUCCCAGUGGUCAGCAACAUUAAACAUAGCAAUCUUACAAGUAUAGUGUUGAUUAAUUUUGAAAUGCUAAGUCAUAAGUAUAUUGCGCUACAUAAUUGUAGCAUAGAAUUGGUUGCUAUUGGUCGAAAUAAUGGUAUAAACAUAUGACAAUGAGGCAAAGUUGCAAUCUAAGACCGCUAUCUAAACUUGAACAAAUCUUUCUACCAGCUGACAAUGACUUCAGUAUAUCCAGUUCAAAACCAUGUAGAAAAUAUCUCAUAAAGAAAGCCUUCUAUUUAGCUAUUGAAAUAAAGACAUAGUGUCUCAAUACAGGUGUAAAUAUCUCUAAUAUAUUCUAGUACUUACGUAUAUUAAUAUACGUCGUUUAGUUUGAGUUUUGUAAGUGCAGAAAUAGUCAAAUGUUACUGUUGUUAUAUUUGGCAUGGUUUUGAUAAGUACCGUGCUUCAAUGUUUGGUUGGCGUCGUGAUUACUCCAAGGCUUUCAUAAAAAAAAAAACACCAAAAAACAAUAAUAUCAAUCGAAAAAGGGAACACUGGCUGUUGGUUCAAUGAUUAGAAAUUUAGACUGCGUUGACAUUUUGGUGCUUUUAUAAUUUAGUGUCGUCGUAAGAACAAGUGCGUCCAGAAUCCAUAGGCCAAGUGUCUUUCGAUAACAAAAUGUCUACCAAGCUUUCUCGUGAGAAAAAAACAAUGUUGCUUGUAAGUAAUUUAUACGGUUGUAAAGAGGUGACGGUUGUAGAGAGGUGACGGUUGUAGAGAAGUGACGGUUGUAGAGGUUGUAGAGAGGUGACGGUUGUAGAGAAGUGACGGUUGUAGAGAGGUGACGUAGAUGUUUUAUACUAAUACGUGCGCACGUUAUAACUAAUCCUUGUGCAAGUACUAGUGUAAAGACAGCACACAAAACACACAAAAAACAACAACGUGCGCACGUGUUAUUAUAAAAACCAUUUUCGGAUGUAUAAAUUAACAUGUGCGCAGAUGUUUUAUACCAAUACGUAAGCAGAUACUUUUUAAACUUGCGUACGUAGUAAGUUAUACGUAUUCAGAUAUUUUUACUACUUUUAUUAUAUGUGCGCACGUAAUAAGUUAUAUCUUCGCAUAUGUUUUUAUGCUAGUACGUACGCAGAUCUUUUUUAUACUAAUACGUGCGCACGUAUUAGAAUAAAAAAAACAUCCGUGGCACCUCUGUACGGUGGCACAAUGGUGACAUAAGUGUUUAAUACUAAUACGUGCGCACGUAAUAACUAAUACGUGAGCACAUCCCAUGUUUAAAAACAUCAGCGCAUAAAUUAGUAGAAAACACAUCUGCAUACGUAUAACUUAUUAUGUGCACACGUAACAACUAAACAUAAGCCCAAAUGUUAGUUUAAAAAACAUUGCGCAUGUAUUAGUAUAAAAAAAACAGCUUCGCACGUAUAACUAUUAUAAGAAUUGGCAUUACUAACACGUAUUACUAAAUACGUGCUAAGAUGGUUUUAUACUAGACUAUUACAUGCGCACGUACUAAUAUGUGCACAAAAACUUUUUUUAUACUAAUACGUGCGCACUUAUUAGUUAUAACGUAUAAGAAAAUCUAUGUCACAUCUAUGCCACCGUAAUACGGUACUCUGUGCCGCCGUAAUAUUUAUGUUUUGUAACAUUUAGUGUAGACCGGCGAAGCCAUUUACAUAUUUAAAUGAGCCGGUAGUUAAGUUUGUGCAAAGGAGGCGCAGUUGACAGAUUGUUUGAAUUAGUGAAGAUUUAAAAUAACAUUGUACAUUUCAAUCUUAAUUUAUUUAGUUUUUAUUAUUUUUUAACUUGACACCUACUUCUGUUUGUCCGUAUAACAAUUUUAAAAACGCUCUCAUUUAACCCGAAAAUUCUAUUCUGCCAAUCAAACCUGUGACGAUUUGCCGAUAUGGUAUCACUUGACAAUACAAGUCAAAUAUGCGAUGACCUUUUACUUUGAUUGAUUGAUAAAAAUCUAUCUACAUGUAGCCCAGUAAAUGAUAAAUAACCGCAACUUUGUAUGACAUAAAUCCACUCAUCAGAUGUGGCGGUUAUUUCCGCUAGAUAUGACAUCUGUAAUGGUAUUCAUGAUUAAUGGCAUCUGUAAUAAUACAUUGAAUCGAUAGCAUCUGUAAUGGUACUCGGGAUCAAUGGCAUAUGUAAUGUCACACAGGAUCUAACAGCGUCGUAUUUUAUCGUCUUUCGAAUAUAAUAGCAGACGCUCAGUAUUACGUAUUAGUCGGGCAUUAACGAGUGCCAAAUCGCGUCGAUAAGUUAAAGUAGAUUAAUGUAUGCGCCCAAAUGUCAAUAGCAUUUACUAGUGCAGAACAGAAUGAUACCCUUUAAAUUAUUAGUGAAUAAGUUUGCGUGACAUGUUGUUGAUCAAUAUGAAAUACGAGGUCAACAGAAAUAAUCUAAAUUCUGCUAAAUUGUCAAUUACCGUUUUCUGAAAACCAUUAUAAUGACGAUCAAUAAUGUCAGGCUGUUUAAACUAAAUGCUCCAGUUUUCGGAAAACGGAUUUCAUUUUCCGAAAACAGAUAACAAGCUAUUCAUUGAAACGGAAAUAUAUCUCAAGUAUUCAACAUAGAUAAAGGAGCGUAAUGGUGGGUCGUGUUUAUCAAUGUACUGAAUAAGACUCUUUUUAAAGCAUGGAGAAAAGGAAAAGGAGGUUAAGUGAUAUAGGAAAACAGCUUAGGGUGAAAGUACAAAAACAGGAGAUAAAUGAUGUAUUUGAAUUGUGUUGCGAUCAAGGGAAUCGUACAGCUGAUGGAGAUAUUCUCGCAGUGACUUCCUUGAAUAACACUAAGCCCAAUGUAAGGUCAAAUGAUAUUGAACGCGGUCAAGAACCUUUAUUGUUUACAAAAGCUGUUGCUCGAGUGACUACAAACGAGCAGUUGAAAAAGUCUAGUGUUUCAAGUGUCAUUAACAAUCGUGAUAAUAAAAAGAUUGGCGAGUGUGGUCGUUCGGAGGGUGACACCAAAAACAAUACAAGGGUUUUCUUACGUGACGAUUCGGGGUACCAAUCUGAGGACUUAUUUGAGUCCCCUUCAAGCUCUGACAGUGAAGAAAGUUUCCAACCUGAACAGUAUGGACACGUUCAUGAUAGCACGGGUUCCGUUUUGGCCCCGUUCGUAAAGUUCCUUAAUCCUGAAACAAAAGAAAUAAGAUCUCUUGACUCUAAUCUAGGUACUUUUGUCAAUUAUAACAUUAAUAAAGAUGCCAGUCCUCGGAUUUGCGAAGAUACACCGGUCAUAGAAUCAGAUAAGAUAACCGAAGAAGUCUUUGAGUUUGAUGUGGAUGAAAGCGAUGAGAUUAUACCAAACGAGUGCACUGAUAUUAUAUCAAAGAAAAGACCCAGGUCCGUAGAUAAACGCUGGGCAAGCAGUUCUUUGGGAAGUUAUAUCGGAGAACAUCUGUUGAAAUACGGGACAGUGAAAAGGAGAAACUCCCUUCCUGACAAAUUGAGGCGAGCCAGUAGUAUUGAGCCAGAUCAAAAAUCUACAAUAUACAUCCCUCACAAAAAUGCCGACAAGCCGAUAGGGGAUGAAUUUGGGGCUGACGUAUGGACCUAUCAGACGGUACAGAAAGAUGGCACGAUCUACUAUCAGCAUUUUUUUGUUAAUGUCAAACACGAUGGGCCGGCUGCGAAAAUGAAAAUUCACGAUAAUGACGAAAUUGUUCUCCUGAAUACCAUAUUUGUACCGAAUUUCACACAUACCAAGGUACUGAACCUUUUCCACCUUGUCAAGGUCGACGGAAAGACGAGAUUCGAAUUAGUUCUUCGUCGCCUUGAGAAAGUCGGAUCAAAGAAGGAAUGGGAAUGGAUAGACACGAGUGCCAUACUUGCCCCUGAUCAUCGUCAUGACGUUGAUACAUACCCAGAAGUAGAAAAGCCAAAACUUAAAAAGUUGAAGAGUAAUGAAUAUGCAGUUAAAAGUUUCCAUUACUACAAAGUUCCUGGGACUCAGUGCUACCUAGAUAUUGAACACAACGCUGUUGUUGCCAGUGUAUUUACAGAUACCGAUGCUGAUAAAACGAAAAUUAUCUGCAGAAUAGAUCAGUACAAGUUCAACAAGGAAACAGGAAAAAUUGAAUUUACAGCUGCCCUCUGUAGUGAGAAAAUGUCGAAAUACAUUGUUGUUGGCACGGACAGACAGAUCAAAGUAGACGAUAAUCCAAUGUGGUUUGAAAUGACAACAAUCUUACCAAACAUUAUGUUUAAAAUAAAUGGUCUGUUUUUGGCUUGCAACACAGAGACUCACCGUAUAGAAACGCAUGACACUGAAUAUAUGUUUGAAGAAGUACCCAUAAAAGGGGGAAUUGAUCACCCUGAUCAUGCCAUGCCGAUGAAUCUUGCUCAGGGAAACCCAUUCGAUAUGUCUCCUGUGAUAGCUGGGCCUCCUUCCAGUACGGCUUGUAUAAAAGGUGAAUACGACAUUUAUAGAAGAAGGAAAAGAAAAAUGAGCACAGAUGAAUUGCAAACUCAUGGAAACGACCCAAAAGAUGCAAGACAUGAAUCCGAAUCGGAUGCCAUGCACACAGACAUGAGAUUAGAUAUUCCUGAAAACACAUUAUUUCAUGGCAGUAGAAGUUCAGACAUACUUAAAACCCCAACCACUCCAUUUCGUUCAAUGCUUACAAUCAACUGACCUCCGACCAGUCGCGCUGACCUUCGACUCAAUCCAGUUGACGUUGUUGCACCAAUAUCUGGUCAGUUUAUCUUUGACAAGUAGGGUACCUUGUAUGAUGUCGGUCGUCGAUAAUUUGCUGAAAGUGCAAUGGCUUUUUUAAAAAACCGUAAAUAAUUCAUUUACAUUUUUAAUGGAUCGGCAGCUUUCUAACCUAUGUUGUAAAAAGAUAAAUGCUAUUUAUUUCGCAAAGGAACAAAUGUAUAUAAUCAAAUAUUAUAUUUAUGAUCUUAGAUUACAUUGUAUAUUUAAGCUGUUUUACUAGUACGUGUAUUUACGUGUUGCUAUUACAAUAUUUGUAAAUAAAGUUUACUGGUGAAGUUUUAAAAGAUUUUUGUAUGACCUUUGUGCAUAAUAAUUUGAAAAAUCUGACGUUGCCAUUUUCUCCAGUGUUCCGAAAUUGUUCCAUACUUAUAGCACUGCUCUUGUGGAGUCGCGUUUGGAUUUAAUACUAUAUGUCAACAGGUAGUCUGGAUCUACGCAGGACGUAACUCUCUCCCUGCCGAAUAACUUGGUUCAUCUAAAACGUAGCAAAAACGAUUAAAAUGGAAGAAGUUUUGAACAGAGUGGAUCGUUCCUGAACAGAGGUCUUUCUAUCAGUGUGUGGAAUGUCAAGUAAAAUCUUCGUUAUGUCCCAUAUAAGGGUUAUAACAUGUAUCAAAAAGUGCUAGGUUCUACGCGAAAGCUAUAGUUUAUCCCUGUACUGUGUACUUUCUGAUGUCACACCCUAUGCAUUGUCUACACCACAUUUAUUAAUUAUUAGGUUUGUAAGUGGCCCACCACGGCUAACGCCUCUUCCCCCAUUUAUCAUACUAACCCCACGUAUAUGUGUGGAGGGUUGCUAAAAAACCCAACAAUAGAUUGUUUUAAGGACCACUUAUUUUCAGCCUAACCCAAUAUGAAUAUCUACUACCUCUUCACAAAUAUAUAGGAACUAACCCACACAUUGUAGACGAAAAAUAAAAAAAACGGCAAAAAGUGAGUCAUCUGACAGUGAUUAGUUGUACAAAUUUAUUGACACAAGUUUUUUGCAAGUUAUAAAUAACCAAAAAUAUUUUGCAGAAGGUAGUAAACCGUUGCAGCGCUUUUGAAAUAAUGCAGAAAAUUUACAUUCAUUUUUGACAAUUAUCUAACUUUUAUUUUCACCCACUGUAUCAUUUUUCAGUGUGGUAUAUACAAUUUAUCCAAUUUAUGUCAGGCUUGGUGGAAAUGAACAAGUUGCACAGAAAUACAGGAAUGAUACCUCAUUACAAAAUAAAUUAUGUAGUUUACUGAU